AUGGCACCAUCCAAUACCCGAGAAGUCGUCAACGUCUUCUGGCCGAUGACUAUUCCCACACAUGCCCGCUUCUCUAUCGCAUCGCCCUUCCCACUUAGAGUCAGCUACCCACACAACGUGAGCUUCACUCUUACGCUCGAAGCGCCCAUGCUCCUCUCCUCACGCUCGCCAGUUUAUGUAAUGCCCUCCGGCGUCCUUUCCUCAGGCUUCUCUCGCGGCUGGUCCACUCUUCCCACUGAGCUCAAACUCACUAUUCUCCGCCACAACGUCAUCUAUCCUUCCGCAAUCUGGCCUGCAAACGCAAACACUGCGAUGCGCGAGUCUCUUUUCCCUUAUUUGCGUAUGACACCGGAAAUAGCCUACUUAUCCCGAUUUCUGUUCUUCGCCGAGAACACUUUCAUCAUCCUCUCGGGCCAGGAAGAAUCAAGCAUGUCUCGUGGCUGUCCACCAGUAUCUGUGAGGCCGCUGAUGAGAAAAGUGAAGCUGAUGAUAUGGCUCGAGCCUCACGACUGGGAGACGGUGAGUGCAAUCGCGCAGAAGAGCCUUGGAUUUGAACGCUUGACUCAUGUCGAGGUGCGAUGCUCAGUUGUCAAGUUUGUCAGGUCGCUUUCUACAUUUCUCGAUCCCGUCGAGGAAAACGACGCGGACUUUUGGAACUCACAGUUGGAGUUUCAAAUACCUCACGGGGUGAAUUUCGAAUCGGACGGCGUCAUUGGAUUUGACCAUUUGAGGUUUGGAAGGGGAGACGUGAAUCACAGCCUUCUCCAGCGGGUAGAGCAGGUCGAAGGGUUGUUGAGAGAGAGGUUUCAGUUCGGAGUUCGGGAGCAAUCUUGA